CGCUUGAUCUGCCCUUAUAUCAGUUUCAUUGAUCCCAGUGAUAGUUUUGCAGCUCGCUUUCUCUCACAUACUCUCACACGCCUCGCAAAAAUGAGCGACUCCAAGGCUCAAAAGUCCGCCUACGGCACUCCAUCUUCCGACACUGCUUUUCGCAAGACCUGGGAUCGUGAAGCGUACAACGAAAAAGCCGCUGUUGACGCAGCCAAAGCGAAAGCCGAAUCCAAAGCUCGUUAUGAGGCCAAACUUCUGGGCAAGAAAUACCACGCGCCAGUUGACUACAGCACCCUCGAGGCUACAACGUCGCGUACCCAGAGACUCGAUGUCGCGUCGCUGGUAGGGAAGACAACCAUUGUACCAGCGGGCGCAGCCAUUGGCAAACGUGGCCGUGGAGCUGGAUUCUACUGUUCUGACUGCGACCUUACGUUCAAAGACAAUAUACAAUUGGUGGAGCAUUUGAAUAGCAAGCAACACUUGAUCGCGACUGGUCAAAGUGGAGAGGUUGUACGAGCCGGCGUUGAAGAUGUCCGACUGAGACUGAGAAUGCUGUCACACAAACGGAGAAUGGAGGCUGAAGAGGAAAGAAAAGCAGGAGAGCUUGACCUCAACCAAAGACUUAAGACUAGAGAGGAAGAAGAAGAAAGGGAGAGAGAGGAGAGGAGAAGGAAGCGGAAUGAAAAGAGGCGUAAAACUGGAAAAAAUGGAGAGAAUGGGAUUAAACAAGAGGAUUCUUGGGAGGGCCGGCUUGGAAUUAUAUCUUGA